AGGUUGUGUGGCGGUUAUCUGGCCGACGGCUGGGAGAGCUGCAAGCGCUGCAGCUCUACGAUGGUGUCUGCCUGCUGACUGUGUGUGUGUGUGUGCUCUGCUGCAAUCUGAAUCCUAUAGUGAAUAAUGCAGAGAGGAGCGGAGUCGAUAGCAGCUGAAUGAAUAAUGCAUGGUGCUGGUUUACUAGCACUGCUGUUAGCUUAGCCAUAGCUGGAAGGAACCUGUGGCUGACUCUGUCUGUCUCACUCUCUGACUAUCUGACUGACUAUCUGACUGACUGAUAAAAGGAGAACAUGUCCCACUACCAUUUCAUCAAAUGCUGUUGUUUUCAGCUAUGUAACGUGUUUCGUCAGAACAUGGAGAUAGACCAGUGUCUGCUGGAGUCUCUUCCGAUUGGCCAGCGGCAGCGGCUGGUCAGGAGAAUGCGCUGCGACCAAAUAAGGGCGUACUACGAGCGGGAGAAGACCCUGCAGAAACCGGGAGGCGGAGUCAAGGUCAAAGCCCCGUCCACCAGCCACAGGAAGCGGCACCGCAUUCGCUUCAGUCUCGGUGAUGUCAUACAGGACGCCAUCAUACGGCACGAUGACAAAGAAGUGCUGUGUCUGCUGAAGGAGGGAGCUGACCCCAACACUCCUAUCUCCUCGGGAGGUUCUCUUCUACACCUGUGUGCUCGCCAUGACAACGUGUUUGCUGCAGAGGUUUUGAUUGAGCGAGGGCUUAACGUCAACCAGCAGGAUGAGGACCUCUGGACAGCCCUGCACGUGGCAUGUGUGUGUGACCACGCCGACAUGGUGCUGCUGCUAUUGCUGGCUGGGGUGAAUGUUUUACUGCAGGAUGUGAACGGGAACAUUCCACUGGACUACACCCCCGAGGGAACUGAGACCAGCUACAUCAUCCGAAAACACCUGGAGGAAAACGUUCCAGGUGUAGAUGUGUCCAUGCACACCAUGCGUACCCAGAGGCCCAGCACCAUGUUGUCUGAUGUUAGACAGCUGGUCUCCAGCAGGGGCAGUCUCAACCUACGCAACGAUGACGGGGUCACUCUGCUCCAUAUAGCGUGUGCUAGCGGCUACAGAGAGGUGGUGUCUGUGCUGCUGGAGCACGGGGUGGACCCUCAGCCCUCCGACAACAGCUAUUGGACACCUCUCCACCUGGCUGCCAAAUAUGGACAGACAAGCAUCGUUAGCCAGCUGCUGAAGCACAGAGCAGAUCCAACUCUCCUAAACUGCAAUCAAGACAAGCCCUCAGGCAUAGCAGCAUCCGACCCCAUCAUGAACAUGCUGCUGAGAGCAGAGGAAUGCUGGGUAGAGAGACUGAAGGACCCCUCUGUCCCACUGGCCCCUACAGACAAACGCUACGAUGGAGGCGAACACGACCACACCAUCCCUGUCAAGAACCUGACCCCUCUGUCCAUGCCCCUUUCUAAGAGGGACAGUCUGUUGGAGAAGUGUGCCAUGUUCAGGGAGUUGGGAGGGGGGCUGAGCAGAUAUCCUUCACAGGACAACGGUCUAGAUGGACCCACAGGACCCAGCAAACUGGAACAGGUGAAGCUGAUGCCUCCGGCGCCUAAUGAUGACCUGGCAUCUCUCAGUGAGCUCACAGACAGCAGCCUGCUCUACGAGAUGCAGAAACGCUUUGGCAACGACCAGAUAUAUACCUACAUCGGACACAUUCUCCUCCUGGUCAAUCCUAACAAAGACCUCCCCAUCUACUCUACACUGGUGAGUCAGUUGUAUCUGAGUUCUUCAGGGCGUUUGUGCUCCUCUCUGCCUCCUCACAUCUUCUCCUCAGCAGAGAGGGCCUACCACAUGAUGCUGCAGGAGCGACGCCCACAAUGCUUCAUCCUCAGUGGGGAGAGUGGUUCUGGGAAGACGGAGGCCUGUAAACACAUAGUGAGACACCUGGCAGUGAGGUCCAGCCCCAAAGGCUUCUCUCUUGAGCCCAGGAUGAAGCACGUGAACUGUAUCCUGGAGGCGUUUGGUCAUGCCAGUACUCCUGUGAAUGACAACUCCAGUCGCUUCAUCAAACUCCUCAGCCUGCAGUACUGUGACAAGAGAAGGACACUACUCAGAGCGCGGAUAUACACGUACAUGCUGGAGAAGUCCCGGGUGGUCCACCUGCCUAGUCAGCAACACAACUUCAACAUCUUCUACCUGAUGGCUGAAGGCUUGUCGCCUGAGGAGAAGUGUGCCCUGUACCUCAACAACGUCCUAGCUCACAGGUACCUGACUGCAGGUGUUCCAGCAGUAGAUUCCCCUCCUGUGGCCACUGCCUCAACUCAGAGUAGAGAGCGUCUCACUGCAAUCAAACAGGCCCUCAGAGCACUGGGCUUCAAUAAACUGGAAGUGGACAGUGUGUUUAUGCUGCUGUCAGCAGUGCUGCAUGUUGGGGACCUGUGCUUCACAGCCCUGACAGACGCUGAGAUAGCCUACCCCUCUGACCUGCAGCUGCUGGAGCGAGUGUCUGGAAUGCUACAGGUGUGUUCUGAUGACCUGAGUACUGCCCUCACCUCUGAUGUGCAGUACUUCAAAGGUGAUGUCAUCACACGCCGCCACACGGUAGAGAUGUCAGAGAACUACAGAGACCAGCUGGCUAAGGCCGUGUACGGACGUCUCUUCAGUUUCCUAGUCAACAACAGUAACUACUACCUGCAGGGACAGGACCAAAGUACGGGAGAUCCAGCACUUGAGAUUGGAAUCCUGGACAUCUUUGGAUUUGAGGAAUUCCAGAGGAAUGGAUUUGAGCAGCUGUGUGUGAACAUGACCAACGAGCGUGUGAGGCUGCACGUCUCAGAGGUGCUGUUCCAGCAGGAGCAGGCCGAGUGUCUACAGGAGGCCAUCGCCAUGGAGACGCUCUGGUCGCCCAGCAACCAACCCGCUGUUCUAGACUUCUUCUUCCUGAAGCCUCAGGGUCUGCUGUCUGUGAUGGAUGAGGAGAGCCAGUCGCUGAGACCUACAGAACAGACCCUCUACAAGAGACUGCAGUCACACCUCGACAACACACCCACACACGGUAUCUCCCUGACAACCAAGGACGGCAACGGCAACCCCCCGCCCAUAGACCAGGGUCCUGCCUUCACUGUGAAACACUACACAGGCCAAAUGGCCUAUGACCUCACAGGAACACUGGUGAAGAACAAGGACUCCCUCCCCCAAAACCUGCUUCUUGUUCUGAAGUCCAGUGAGAGUGUGUUGGUGCAGCAGUUGUUCAAGUCCAAGCUCACCCAGACUGGGUCUCUGGUUCCGGCCCAGGCAAGAAUGGCUCUGAGAGGGCCCAAAGCAGCCCUGCUCCUUCACAGGAUGUCAUCCCACUCUAGCCUCUCCCCCGCAGGCCACGAGCCCCGCAGGUACCUGGACCUCACCAAGCUCUUGAAGAAGAAGGGAGCGACCUCUUUCCUGCAGAGGCUGGAGAGGUGUGGUCCAGUUACGGUCGCUGUGCAGCUAAGGAACUCUCUGUCAGAGGUGGUCAGUAAGCUACAGGCGUGCACCCCUCACUUUGUGGAGUGUGUACGUCCCAACAGCAGUGACACGGCGGACAGCUUUGACAGUUGCCACGUGUCUACUCAGCUGCAGUACGUCGGAGUGCUGGAGAUGGUCCAGAUGAUCCGCUAUGGCUACCCGGUACGCCUGCCCUUCAACAGCUUCCUCACCAGGUACAGAGACCUAGUGGACACCACUCUAGCUGACAAGAAGAAGCUUUCAUCAGAGGAGAAAUGUCGCUUUGUUCUGCAGCAGUGCAAACUCCAAGGAUGGCAGAUGAGCAACAGUAAGGUGUUUCUGAGGUACUGGCAAGCUGACCAGCUCAACGACCGCUGCCACCAACUACACAGGAAGAUCAUCACCUGCCAGAAAGUGAUCCGUGGCUGGCUGGCCAGGCAGCGUGUGCGCCAUAGACUGUUGUCCCAGCCGACAGAGGACUGCAGUAUCCAGAGGUUCCUCCAGGGGGCAGAAGACCAGGGCCUGUGCACCUACGACCACCUGGUCAUCCAGAACGCCUCUGACAUCGCCCGUGAGAGCAACCACCAGCGCUGCCAUGGCAACGGGUCACACAGCAACAGUCCGCCCCUCGGUGAGAGACCCGAGCCAGUUGGCGAAGAGGAGGACACCCCCAAAAGGCUAACAGGACAUCUGCUACUGGGACAGAGACUGGAAGAUAGGGGAUUUGGAGGGAGAAGGGUUGUGGAGAAGAGCGGGAGAAACCAAGACGGCUCUGUCAACGGGGGGAGCCGGAACAUCCGCCACUUCCGCUCCAGCUCAGUGCCCAUCCCCCUGACUAUAGAGAACUUGGUACAUUCCAGCCAUGGCCCAUCCAUCAGACCGGCCCUUCAACAGGCGGCCCAUACCACUGAGGAUGGGGGAGGCCUGGCAUCACCACGGAAACAGCCUCCCCCUAAACCCAAGCGGGACCCCAGCACUCGUCUGAGUGCGUCCUACGAGGCGGUCAGCGCCGGACUGACCCUGGGACCCCCGAGAGAGAGCCCCACUCCCGAGGGCUACGGGUCCCCUGCAGGGAGCCCCCCUAAAACACAGUUGUCCCCUACGGAUGCUCUGUCCAAGCCGCGACCCCACAGUGAUGACUACACCACCAUGAGGAAGGUGCCUCCUCCCAAGCCCAAGAGGAACCCCAACACCAAGCUCACUGGCUCCUAUGAAGAGAUCAACGCUGCCGGCUUUAACCUCCUCCAGCUCCGCCCCGCUGAUGUCAAACUGGCCCUGCUGUCCCGCACCGGAGGGCUAGGGGGUAUGGGGUGUCUGAGAGGGCUGAUGCAGCGUGCAGCGUCUGUGGACGGCCCACAGGGGGCGACACUGAGCCUGCACCAUAACCAGGAUGAGGAGGAUGUGUACAUAGAGAUGGUGGGGGCUCAGGCCAGGAGUUACAGUCUGGGAGGGAGUUACCAGGACCCCCCCGACAGCCCCGAGCAGGGAGACACCGAGGCCGUCUACGAGGAGAUGAAGUACUUCCUGCCCGAGGAGGCGGGACUUCCUGUGGGAGGGGCAGUUGCUGCUGCGAAGGCAGCUGUAAAGCUGGAGGCGUUAGGAUUGAUGUUAGGGGGGUUAGGGUUGGGCUUGUCUCCCUCUCAGAGUGGAGAGGGGAAGAGGGCAGGGCUGGGGGGUGUAUCUACUACUAUGGAGGCCCAAACAUCUGCCGCCGGAGGAAACAGCAAGCCCCUUCAUAGUAAAGAAGGAGGGUGUGACAUCCCUGCACCAUUCCCCAACCUGCUCACCCACCGCCCCCCUCUCCUGGUGUUCCCCCCCUCCCCUGUCACCUGUUCCCCUGCGUCUGACGAGUCACCCCUCACCCCUCUGGAGGUGAAGAAGCUGCCUGUGUUUGAGUCCAACCUGAACUACGCCGGCCCAGACAGCCCCCUCUCACCUCAGUACUACCGCCAGCGCGCUGACUCCUCCCCCUCUCUUUCCGUCCUCCUCCCAGACAAGCCCACUCCUCCCCUCACCCCUCCGCCUCCCCCUCCUCCCACCAAUGCCCUGCCUCCCCCCUAUCGACCCCCCUCCCACUUCCCCUUCCCCCCAGAGUCCAGCAUACUCUCCCUUACCCGGGCUGCUUCUAUCACGGGUGGGGGCGGCUUGGACUCUCCCAAGCCCUCCUACCACUCCUCGUCUCAUAGGGCUGCAGGGGACAAGCCCCCUCCCUACUCUCCGGCCAAGUCCACCCGCCCAGAGCCGCGCCGUGCCCAUUCCUGCUCAUCCUCGCCCCUGCUGUUCAACCCAGCCAACGGGAGACCCCUGACCAGCCCUCAGCCAGCCCUGGAUGAGCUCAAUACCUUGUUCAGCUCUGGACGCAGCCUGCUCAAGAAGACCACUACAGGACGCAAGAUGAGGGAGGGAGGGUUCAACUCCAACAUCAACCUACCAGGGAGAGAGGAGCACCCAAGCUCCACCUCCUCCUCCCCGUCUCCACAGCUACAGGACAAGAAUGCCAACAACCACGCCCCCCACUCCCCAAGCCACACCCCCAUAGAGAAUGGCAACCGGCUGUCCAAUGGGUCAAUGGAAGAUGAGGGUCACACCAAGUCAAACUCCUCCAGCUCAUCGUCUCUGCACAGACAUAUGGACAGACAUCACACCCAGAGGGGUCAUCUCAACUUCUCACCCUUCGGUGCAGGGGCUGCGCUCUAAGGCAGGGGGGCGCUGGGAGCACUCCUCACGUUUAGGGACGAGGUGAUCCAGCAUCUGCGUGGGUGUAGGGAAACGCGGGUGCUGACCUGGGUGAGGGGCGGCCGACUGGAGGAACCAACGGGACACCAACGGAACACUAUGAAACCCGGACACUACGCUGGUCUGGGCCAAUAGGAGGUCCUCUCCAUAGUGGGUGGAUGACCGACCGACCACCUCUCUCCUCUCCUCACACAGCCUCUCCUGUCUACACCCUGCUUCCUGCCCCUCCCUCCUGCCCAAGUCUGCCACCCCAUUGAGCAAAGGACAGGUCCAUCAGAGAGUGAGAUAAUGCAUAAGAUAAGACAAUCCAACCGACAAGAGCAUUUACAAAGAAAGGAGGGAGAAAUGGAAUAGAGCAGCAAUCACAAUCCAUGUCCCUCCUUCCUCUCUCUUUGUCUCUCUCUCUCUCUUUCUGUCUCUCUCUCUGUCUCUCAGUCUCUCUCUCUCUCUCUCUCUCGCUCUUUCAUCUGAUAGUAGGAGGGGGCUUGGCGUGACAGGGCAGGGAUUGCAGAAGUUCUGUGAACAGGGACUCUCCUCCAGCUCAGAACCCAGAGAGGGAGCCUCGUCAUUGGGCUAGAUCUGUGCCUAUGUGCAGAACAGAGCAUGUGUAUACCCUCCCUGUACAUAUCAUCUGUUGAAUCUCACUGGUCUGGUGUUCAGAACAGUCAUCAUCUCUAGGACCAGGAGGUUUUCCAGACCAUGUGAUCUGAGCAGGUAAAACUCCUGUCUAGUCCUCUGAACUCCUUCAGGUAUCAGCUACCGCUUUAGCCUCUCACAGGCUACUAGGUGCUUCAGGUGCUUCUGUAACCCUGGCAACAAUAGAUCAGAGGUCAAGGAAACCCCAAGGUGUACUUCUUUCACCCCCAGCUAGCCACCAGCCUUUCGCUUUAGCACAAAACUGUAUGGAAGAGCCACAACAAACACCAUAGUGAGUGCAGAUAUGUACUGCCCCCACCGGCCCAGUGAUGGAUACUAAUCCCAGAAAACACGCUAAAAGUAUUACUGACUAGACAACACAAAAGCAAAGCUGUAUUGACAACGAUGGGGAUAGUAGCUAGUUCAUGUAGAAAGAAUGCCAUUGAUCAGAUUGUAUCGAUGUUCUGUAAGGUUUUUACUGGCCUUAGUGCCAUAUAACAGGAGGCCAGUCAAACUCAGCUACAGAUAAUGUAUUUUACUGAUGUGUUCAUGUGUAAAGCACACAAACAGACUGAAUAGGGAACAGUGUAGAUGACCAACACACAACUAUCUCUGGCAGUCCCUCAAUGUACUUCUUAUUUAGAUUUAUUUUACAAACAUGUCAGAGAAAUAAACUGUAGUUUCUUAAUUAGUACUUUCUUCACAUAUAUUCAUAUCGUUUGAUGUGUUCCAUCUUAAGUAAAACAAUGUUAGGAGUCUACAAGUUUCUGUAGAAUUCAAGGCUGCAACUCAAGCACAACUGAGUUCUCAAGUAAAGCUACCCUCAACCUUCUCAUUCCCCCACCCUGUCUCCUCAUUACCCUCCCAACCUCAACAAUAUCCAUCACCCCCUCCAGGAUGCUGUAGGGGUUAGAGGGUGUUGCCAGGGUAACCUCCCUGUUAAAAAUGGCUGACGUUUAAUGUGGUUUUGACUAGAUGAGCUACAGCAUAUGUCAGAAUUGACUUUUCAUAGCAGGUUAGAAGAAUGUACGCAGCAGGUUAGGAGAAUUAGGUUGUUAGGAAAAGGGUUAGAGUUAGCUAAAAUGCUGUAUCCCAUCUAGCCAUGACCGUUUAAUGUCCAAAUGUUUUAUUUACUAUAGCAGAAGAGCACAGAAAUGGAAAGAUGGAAAGAGAAAAUUGUCUAUAUGGAAGAUAGUUUCAUGCAAUGACUGAGGCAAAGAGCAGAGGUUUAUUUUAUAAUGUGAAUACCUUUUUUUUGCCAUAUGAUUGCCUAUUGAUAUGAAACUUCUUUAUACUGUAUUUAUCUUGUGUGUUUGUUUGUUUCCCUGUGACCCCAUUGUAAAACUGUUGUCAAUUUUCCAGUGGAGAAAGA